CUUACUUACACCAGAACCACUCGACCACACCAAAGCGUCCUGUCCAUCCUUUUUUUUGUGUAAACAGGUGCAUCUCCUCGGUAUGCUUUUGCGAUAACGACUGAUGAGCGAAACUUGAACCUGAUUUGGACUUGGGUCGAACAAUCGUGAGGGCGCGCAGGGUAGGGGCGCAUCUGCGCGUCUGUUUGGAGAACAGAGGAAAUCAAGGUUAGUGUAUACCAUUCAUUGACUUCUCAAAGAGCCCUCCCUUUACGCGUCUCCUGCUCUUUGUUAUCACACAAUGAGAACAAUUCCUCUAUAGCUGCUUCGCCCUUGCUUUGUUGCUUCGCAUUUUACUGGCAAUGCACCUCUGCCAUCGGCCAUCCUUUGUCACCUGAUACUUCUCCAUCUUCAUCGCUCUUGUACUUUCUCGGCGGAGUCCCCCUGGCCGUCUUCUACUGUUUCUUCGUCCUUUUGCUUUCUACCCAAGGCCUCAGUGAAGCUAGUAGCGUCAUCACCGUUUAUUUUGGUUAUUGCCGGGAAAUCCUGAGGCCAUCUUUCUCUUCUCCUAUAUCGGUUUAGCCAAGUUCUUAGUCGUUUGUUCUUCAUAAGACCGCAGUCUCACAAAUCUUUUUAGACAUUCAUUUGCCUUGACCACAAGAUAGUGGUGACGACACAUCUCAAGAAGAACACUUCACUUCUACGGCACUUCACUUUCACGGCACUCACUUUCACGGCACUCACUUUCAUCAAUAUUUACCUUGUCAUUUCACGUUUCAUCUCUUCGUUCUUCUUUAGCCGCGAAAGCAACCAUGGAACCCCCUUUUACAUCUACUGCUUUGCAAAGCAGUGCAGUAGAUACCAUUAUGGGGGAAAAUGAGGCUGCUUACGAAACCAAUGGCCAUCUUGUGAACGGCGGGUACCUUGAUCCUCGAGAAUUGCAAUCGCAUCCCUACACUAACCAAGAGAACUCACCCAAUCAGCCUCAUCGAGAAGCGAAGAGUGAAUCAUCUAAGUCGCAAGAGGAAGAAAUUGAAGACACAGUACCGUUUCUCGAAAGAUCAUACCUACCAACAGGUUGUUGUUACGACGAUCGGAUGAAAUAUCAUGCAAACGCAGAUUAUUCCGAUAAUGUACAUCACCCGGAAGAUCCACGUCGUAUAGAAGCGAUUAUGAAUGCUUUUAGGGAAGCAGGCUUGAUCUAUGGAGGAAGUGAUGAGGAACUUGGAAUCAUAUUACGCGAGGCGCCUACCAAAUAUAUGUGGCGUAUUACAGCCAGAGAAGCGACGAGGGAGGAGAUUUGUCUAGCGCACACCUCUUCUCACUACGAAUGGGUCGAAGAUCUGGCGACGAAAACCACCUCCGAGCUUCGCGCCAUGACCAUGACAUUUGAUGAAGGCCGAAAAUCAUUAUACGUAAGCAGCCUUACGAAUUACGCAGCCAAGAUUGCUGCGGGAGGUGCUAUCGAAUCCUGCAAGAGUGUUGUUAAGGGCGAAGUGAAAAACGCUAUCGCGAUCAUUCGACCGCCUGGUCAUCAUGCAGAGAACAAUGAGUCGAUGGGAUUUUGCAUCUUCAACAACGUCCCGGUUGCAGCCAAAGUAUGCAUGAAGGACUAUCCGGAAACAUGCAGAAAAGUCCUUAUUCUUGAUUGGGACGUUCAUCAUGGCAACGGAGUACAGAACAUCUUUUAUGAAGAUCCAAAUGUCUUGUACAUUUCAAUUCAUGUAUACCAAGAUGGCAAUUUCUACCCUGGAAAGCCGGAUAUGGAGGGAAUCCCUGAUGGAGGAAUACCAAACGUUGGGUUUGGCCCUGGCGCCGGGUAUAAUAUUAACAUUGGUUGGCACGCACAGGGUAUGGGAGAUGGAGAAUAUAUGGCCGCCUUUCAGAAGAUAGUCAUGCCAGUGGCACAAGAAUUCGAUCCAGAUCUCGUUAUUAUAUCUGCUGGCUUUGAUGCAGCUGCUGGAGACGAGCUGGGAGGCUGUUUUGUCUCGCCAGAGUGUUACUCGCAAAUGACACACAUGUUGAUGUCGUUAGCUGGCGGCAAAGUUGUAGUGUGUCUAGAAGGUGGUUACAGUCUGGACGCGAUAUCGAGAUCCGCUUUGGCGGUAGCCCAGACGCUGAUGGGAGAGCCCGCCCAACGCUUAGCAGUUCCUGCAUGCAACGCUAAGGCAGGUAGGGAUCUGGACAGUGUGCGGUUUGUCCUUAGUCCCUAUUGGAAGUGUAUGAGACCUGGUAUUGUCCAAGUUCAGGAUCUCGAGGCCCGAAAGGCUGAGAGGUUGAGUGCCGUUGUGAGAGCCUGGGAAAAGAACGAAUUAUGCAGGAAGCAUAAUAUGGCUGUGGUACCUGUAUUGCGAAAUAGGUUGAAUAAGGUCUUUGAAAACCAGGUUUUGGUGACUCCCAAGAUUGCAUAUGCCAAGAAAAUUUUGCUUAUUAUUCAUGACCCGUAAGUUCUCUCCCAUCUCCUCGGUCUUUGUAUUAAUGAAGUUUAGGCCCCAAAUAGUUGCCCAAGCGGAUAGUCUGACUAAUAACGUUCUGUCACAUAAUGCAUGGAUGGUAAGUUGUUUAUUACUCAUGUUCAAAAGGCUAGCACGAAAAACUAAUCUAUCUAGCCUACCGACAUUUUUCCAUUCAUCGAUUGGGCCGUAGAAAAUGGCUUCGGCGUUAUAGAUGUUAACUUCCCUAAAGAGAUACCACAAAACGAUACUACACCUUUCCACCAAAGACCAACCGAAGAUGAUGUGCAACAACAAUCCAAGGACUUGCUGGGUUACUUGUGGGACAAUCAUCUCGCGAUAUUUCCAACAAUACCGGUUGCACUAUUAGGUGUUGGCGAUGCUUAUCUAGGCAUCAAGCAGCUAUUAAUUUCAAGAGGUACGUCUACUUGUUGCGAACCCUAUUAUAAUCAUAAUGCUAAUUUUAAAUUAUAGAAGUAAGACAUCGUAUCCCUUGUGUUCUGUCCUUUGUGACAGGCUCUCUCCGUCCUGUCAAAUCGGAAACCGACCCAGGUCUCUCAACCUGGUACAAAACCAACUCACUAAUAUACGUCUCCUCCGACCACUCCUGCUGGAAUGAUGAAGAAAACCACAAACGUGUGAAGAAAAACCGAUUUGGACGAGUCGAACAGAGUGAAGUCACCGGGAUUGGUAGUAUGCUUGCCAAAUACCAGAAGAACGCCACGGCGUGGCUUGGAGAGCAAGUCAGAAAAUGGGAGGCGGAAAGAGGUAGCGAUCCUGAUGAAACGGAGGAAGAAGGUGAGUUCGAGAUGGGAGAUGGUUUGGGUAUGUCUGGUCCUAGUACUGCUGCUACCUUUGGACCACCUUUGAGUGUGGGUGAUCCGGGAAUGGGAAUCCCGAUCAACGUUUAAGUGGGUGAUGUAUUGUUGGAGCAGAGAACAACGGCUACGCUGAGUGGAGUUCGGAAGGGAGGAGAAUUGUCGAGUGAGGCUACGGCAUAUAGCUGUUCCGUUGUGGUUGUGGUUAACGAGAUUUGUGGCAUGGGAUGUGUCGGAUUACCCAUUUUUUCCGAGAGCGAGAUUCCAACCCCCUUUUUUUUGCUCUUGCUUUUCGCAUACAUAGCACGCAUUUGAACGAGCUUUUGUUCUCUUGCUCCAUUUCUUUCCCGUUGUUGGCGGUCGUGGAAUGGAUUGCUACGAGAUUAUGUUGUCGCUUUCUUUUUAUGGCGCUUGCUUAGCUUACAUGUAGCUUGUCCAGCUUAGCGUGCUUGUGAUAUAGUACCUACCUAUGAAUAGAGCAAGAGAAGAGAACAGAGAACUGAAGAUUUAGCAGAAGAGUACCUUUACGUUACCUACCUACUCCAUCA